ACCCGGUAGUUAUUCGAUUUGACGUAACAUUGUAGUUCAGUCAGUUGACCUCAAAUGCCGGAGAAUCCAUUUGCUGUUAUUAGCUAAGCUGGUGAAAGUUGUGUAACAAGGGAAACAAAAAGGACACUGCUGCCGGGAGGACUCAUUCAUUUGAGUUAUAUAGAGGGUCUCUCCUCACACAUCAACUCCCCAACUCCUAAUUUUGAAUUAGCAUUUGGCAAACAUGUUUUCGCUGUCAACGUCGUUUCAGCCACAGCAGAUGAUUGUGCCCCUCAGCCAACUCAUCACUGCCCUGCACUCUCUGAAGAACUCAGCCACGGCUUCAAUCCAGACCCUGCACAGAGACUUCAUUCCAGAGCACAGUUCAUAUCUGAAAGAGCCCAGUGUGAGUCUGAGGGAUCUCGGCCUGUCAGAGAUCAGAGUGAGUCAGCUGGACGAGCUGGUCAACAGGUUACUGCCUAUUCCCGGAUCAGAAGAACCUCCUGCUGUUCCUUCGAUAUGGAGGUCGAGUCACAUUUCAGCAGACAGCUUCUUUCACAACAAGCAUGGGUUUUCAAACAAAAGGUUGGGGGUUUUUGGCUCCCAAAUACUCCACAGACAAUACCACAGUCCUUUAAGAGAAGCUUGCUCAGAGCUACACUUCUUGCCUGUAUGGGUCCAGAGUCGGGGUUUCAAGACACUUAAAACAAAGACCAGACGAACAGAGUCUGGUUAUGACGGUCCAGUGGAGUCUGAGCCCUACACGCCAGCCUUCAUGAAGGGAUUGCUUCAGAGGGAUAAGGGACCAGAAGCACAAUCACUGGACCAACUGAUGAAUCAAAAGAACCUUCCUGAUAACCAGCAGGAAGCUUUCAAGACUGGUUUCAGUGAGGGGUUCAUGAGGUCCCAGGCCUUCACUCAGAAAACACAAGACUCGCUGAGGAGAACCAGGUUGAUCCUGAUGGUCCUCCUACUCGUCGGUAUUUAUGGAUUGUCAAGAAGCCCGUUUCUCUCGGGUAAAGGCUCCUUUUCUGAUGCUGUGAGGUUCCGGACCACAUCUAGUCUUGACUCGGCAGUCGACCCCGUCCAGGUGAAGAAUGUGACAUUUGAGCAUGUCAAAGGGGUGGAGGAGGCGAAGAACGAAUUACAAGAAGUUGUGGAGUUUCUCAAGAAUCCCCAGAAGUUCACUGUUCUGGGUGGAAAGCUGCCUAAAGGGAUCCUCCUCAUAGGUCCACCGGGCACAGGAAAGACUCUGUUAGCACGGGCCGUGGCGGGGGAGGCCGACGUUCCUUUCUUCUACGCCUCCGGAUCAGAGUUCGAUGAGAUGUUUGUGGGUGUCGGUGCGAGCCGAAUCAGGAACCUUUUCAAAGAGGCAAAAGCAAAUGCUCCCUGUGUCAUCUUCAUUGAUGAGUUGGACAGCGUCGGUGGGAAGAGGAUCGAGUCUCCAAUGCACCCCUAUUCUAGACAAACCAUCAACCAGCUGCUGGCUGAAAUGGAUGGGUUUAAACCCAAUGAAGGUGUCAUUGUUAUUGGUGCUACAAACUUUGCAGAGGCUUUGGAUAACGCUCUGAUAAGACCAGGGCGGUUUGAUAUGCAGGUGACGGUCCCUUACCCCGAUGUGAAAGGACGCACUGAAAUUCUCAACUGGUACUUCUCCAAGAUCAAAGUGGACCCUGAUGUGGAUGCACACAUUAUUGCCCGGGGCACGGUGGGAUUCUCUGGGGCAGAGCUGGAGAACCUGGUCAACCAGGCCGCCCUGAAGGCAGCCAUGGACGAGAAAGAGAUGGUCACAAUGAAGGACCUGGAGUUCGCUAAGGACAAGAUCCUCAUGGGCCCUGAGAGGAAGAGCGUUGACAUCGACAAGAAGAAUAAGACCAUCACAGCCUACCAUGAGUCCGGCCAUGCCAUCGUUGCCUAUUACACCAAAGAUGCAAUGGCCAUCAAUAAGGCCACUAUCAUGCCGAGAGGCCCGACUCUUGGCCAUGUGUCCUUGCUCCCAGACAACGACCGUUGGAGUGAGACAAGAGCCCAGCUGCUGGCUCAGAUGGAUGUCAGCAUGGGCGGUCGAGUAGCAGAGGAGCUCAUCUUUGGAGAUGAAAACAUUACUACUGGAGCCUCCAGUGACUUCGAUGGAGCGACCAAAAUAGCAAAAAUGAUGGUGACCAGGUUCGGCAUGAGUGACAAGCUUGGGGUGAUGACCUACAAAGACGUGAGCAAGCAGAGCCCCGAGACACAAGCCGCCAUCGAACAGGAAGUCAGGGCUUUACUGCAGGACUCAUACGGACGUGCUAAAUCCCUCCUGAAGACUUACAGUUCGGAGCACAAGAAGCUAGCGGAUGCCCUGCUAGCACACGAAACUCUGGAUGCCAAAGAGAUCCAGAUGGUGCUGGAGGGCAAAACACUAGACUACCAGAUACCUCAGUAGAUCUUUUAGACUCUUGUAUUAUGUAUAUAUGAAGCUGUGCAAUUGUGCACUGGCCUUUUGGAGGCCUUGUAUUUCAUUUGUUUGUAUCUCUAUUAUUAUUAUUAUUAUUAUUAUUAUUAUUAUUAUUAUUAUUAUUAUUAUUAUUAUUAUUAUUAUUAUUAUCGAUGUGAAGAUGACACAGAAACAAUUCACCCCUUAUAGAUUUUAAUUUUAAUUGUAUUUGUGUUGUUUUUCCUGUAGAGGAAGCUUUUGGUUUCACAGCGAUUUUUCUUUCUUUCUUUUUUAUUUUAAAGAACUCAGUGUAAUUGGAUAUAAAAAAAAUUGUCUCCACAAGUUUGUCUACUACAGCUCACAAAGAGGUUUCAUUAGGGGCUUGUUGUCUUCGAAAUCUCAAGACAAAUGACUUAGUUUUAUACAUCAAGGGUCAUAUUUGGUAUCAUAACGAGGUUAUACAGCAAAUAAAGUUGACGAAGAUCAUGGUUCCUUAGGAUGAGAUGAAUGACUUCCUGUUUGUCCAUGUCUCCAUUUACGUUACAUUUAAAAUUUGUACAGACUGGUGAGCACCAUAGAACCUUAAAGUACCUCAAUCUAGAAUGUACCAAGGUACAGGUGAAACCGCUGUUCAUAUUAGAGUUUCCUCUCUAAAUGAUGUCUUUCCGCUGCAUCUAUUUUAUUUGUUCUUAUUUAUUUAAGUGCCCAAAGGUGUGUUCUCUUUUUCUGAAAUUAGUGAUAGACCCUCAUGCUACUCGAAGCUCAUAAAUGAGGGGAAAUGUACAUACACUGUCACCGUGUAAAAGGAUUGCCUUUGGGCUUCUGUUUGUUCUUUUAGACAAAGGCUUUGUUGGAGCUCAAAUAAAGGUUAUCCUUACUCAUGAA